AUGGAUAAAUCUAAAUUAAGUAUCGGGAGCUUAAAUGCUUUGAGUGAAAUCUUUCAAUCUGCAAAGCAGCCUAAAAACAGUUCAAGCACCAAAGAUUUUGUAGAAACCGCUACUGGCAUUGAGCCAAAAGAUAUAUUUAUUUAUGGAAAUUAAAAAUUUUUUUUAUUGAGCUAAUUUUUUUAUUGUAGAAGUUUUAAACUUUAUGAUAAGGUAUAGUGUGAAAAUUGAUAGAUCUCUAACGAAAGAAGAAACAAAAAGGUGUCCGAUGGCAUACAAGUCUCCACAGGAGGAUAGUAAUAGGCAAGCUAAUUCUAAGUCUCCUAUGAUGAUUACACCUAAAGGAGAUGAAGCACCUAAUUAUUCAAAAACUAGCACAAGGGAUUGGUAUUUUGAAGAAAAUGAAGCUAAUAAAAUAGCAAGAACAAAUCAAAAAGACAAAGAAAGUGAUAAAAAUCAAAAAUUGCAGGGCCAAAGAGAUAAUGUAUUAGAAAUUAAGCAAACUGAUCAUCACCUUGAGAAGAAAGAAGUAAUAAAUAAAGGAUUCAGUUUGUCACCUCAAAGGAAAAAGCCUGAAAAUCCAAAUUUCUUUCAAGAACGCAGCAAGAUUGAAGGCGCUACAUCAGAAUCUAAAGUUUCUGAAGCAAAAGAGAUCGAAAACCCCAAAAAUAAAUAUAUCAGUCCUCAAAAACCGAGUAUACUGCCACCAACUGCAAAGAAUAAUCAAUAUCAAAAAUUAUUUCCCACUCAGGCAGCUUACCCAAGUCAACCUUCUACAGAAAUAAUUAUUCCCGAAAACUAUCAAAAUGGCGGUUUGCAAAAUAAAUCUUCAAAAAUCUCAAUCCCACCACAAAAUCAGCUACCAAAAUCUCAAGAUUUCCAACAAAAAUCCGAUUUUUUAAAAGAGCAAGCAGUCAAAAAAAUUGAGCCGAGAUCAGAAGAACAAGGAAAUUUUCUUUUAAUUAACGCUUUGUCUGAUAUAUUUUCAGCUAGAAAUGAAGAUGAAAAAAUAGACAAUUCAGAAGAAAUAAAAAUUUAUAAACUGCCAGAAAAAAUCCCACCAAUUAAGUAUAUCCAAAUUGAAGAAAAAAAAGCUCAGCCUAUCCCAGAUCCAAAACAAAAAUCUUACAGUCAAUUUAGUGCUUCAUAUGAAUUCAGGAAGCAGCCAGCUAUUCCACAGCCAAAAAUAAUUAAUCAAAAAUUGAAGAAUGACAUAAAUUAUGAUCCUAUUUUUGAUUUUAUUACGAAUUUUAAUCCUUCCUUAUUAAGCUGUGAAGAUUUGCCUGAAAUUCCUGAUACUUUUACAGAUGCUGCACAAUAUGAAAAGCUAUUUUUGCCGUGGUUUUAUGAAGAGCUUAAAGAGCACGCUUUGCAUGGGUUUGCACUGAUAGAUAGAGCGAAGUUUAUUUGCUCUAAAUUACGUUUCACCAAAAAAACAGCUUUAUUUCGUGAUACUACAGGCUUUGAAGUAAAAUUUCAAAAUCACGAUGUUGUAAUAAUUAUUCCUUUACUCCGCCUCCCUACGAAACCAAUGAAAAAAUCCCUAUUUUUUUUGCCAAAAAAUCCACUCCGUGAUCGGACAAAAAAUUUUUUAAUGUAGCAUUUUUUAGGAAAAAAGUUUGAUUAUAAAUGAUGAAAUAUCUAGCUAAUUCUGUUUAAUUUUGAACAAAUUAAUAAUAAAUUUUACAAAUUAAAUAAAUAUUUGCUUUCUCUAAUUUUUGCGAAGUGGGUUAAUUUUUUUUUUAACAAAAAAAUUAACCUGAGGGGAGUUAGAAAAUAGUAAAAUACCUCUAUUCUCAAGCUAUAUUGAAUCUGCAAAAGAGUAUAAGAUUGGAAUUAUAAUAAAAAACAAAAAAGAAAACUAUAAAAUCCUCCUCAAAAAGGAGCAAAAUCUAAAAGGAUUAAAUGGAGCAUCAUCGUCACCAAGUAAAGAAGAAGCCAAUGAGCUCAAUAGAUGGAAUUCAAUUGAUAAAUUUGCUGUUGUAUUUAUAGAGAAAUUAGUUCCAGAUAUGAGAGAAUUUAAAGCUUUAAAAAUUUUGUCUAGAUUUAAUCUGCUCAGUUAUAUUCUCAACCCAGCUCCACCUAUAAAAUCAGAAUUAUCAAAAUACUCUAUUGAAUUUCUGCAGAAAAACAAACAAUUUUUCAAUGAGUCACAAUAUUCAGCUAUCAGAGAGAUUUUACAAGUUAGAGAAGGGAUUUCGCUCCUCCAAGGACCCCCAGGAACUGGAAAAACAAGGACAAUAAUGGGACUAAUUUCUGGAUUUUUCGAAAAUUUAAAAGGCACUAAGCGUCCGAAAAUCUUAGUUUGUGCUCCAAGUAAUAUAGCUAUUGAUGAAAUUGCUUUGAGAAUUAUUCGUGAUGGACUUCUAGUAGAGGGUAGAUGCACUGACGACAUUUAUCCAAUCAGAAUUGGGAAGCGCAAUGGAUGAGAAGAAGAUAAAGAUUUAAAAUAUGAAGAACCAGAUGAAGUAAAACAAAUAAGACUAGAAUUUUUGACAGAAAAAGGUUUAUCGCUUAAAGGAAUUAAAAAUCCUUUAAUAGAAAUUGAAAAUUUAAAAGCAGAAAUGGACAAAAAUAACGAAAAAAUAAAAUAUAUGAAAGGAAACACAGAAGAAAAAAAUAAAUUAAUCUGCUCAAUAAAAAGCUUAGAAUACAAAAUUUCAAAUUUACAAUCAAAAUUGGCUGAGUAUUAUAAACAAAAAAAUAUAGAAAGAAGUAAAAUUAGAAAUAAAGCAAAUAUCAUUCUUUGUACAUUAAGUGGAGCUGGAUCUGAAGCAUUGCAACAAGGAAUUUCUUUCGAUUACGUGAUUGUUGACGAAGCUUGCCAAUGCAUUGAAUUAAGCUGCAUAAUUCCUUUCCAAUACGGUGCUAAGCACGCUGUUCUUGUCGGUGACCCCAAUCAGCUCCCAGCCACAAUAUUUUCAAAGUCAGCAGUUGACCAUAAUUAUGAUCGAUCUUUAUUUGAAAGACUAUGCUUCAAUGGGGCAAUCCAAUGCCAUUUUUUAAGCAUCCAAUACAGAAUGAAUAAAGAAAUUUGUGAUUUUCCCAAUAAAUUUUUUUACAAUGAGCGGCUCGAAUGUGAGCCUGGAUUUUUUGAAAAUCGCAAAGCUCCUGAAUGGAUUCCUCCUUUAAAUACAGUUUUUAUUAAUCUAGAAAGUUCAGAGGAAUCUCGAAUUGGCAAUGAAAUGAGCUUUAAAAAUAACGCUGAAGCUGCAUUUAUUGCUGAUUUGUAUGAUUUUAUAAAAAGAUCCUUUGCUAAUCAGAAAACAGAUUUAGGGAUUAUUACACCUUAUAGAAAACAAGUAGAAAAAAUAGAAGAAGAAUUAAAUUUGAGGCAUUCUAACUGGGAUAGCCAUAUGGAAAUAAAUACCGUUGAUGGGUUCCAGGGGAGAGAAAAAGAUGUGAUUAUUUUGUCUUUGGUUAGAACCACAGAUGUGGGGUUUUUAGUUGAUAAGAGGAGAAUGAAUGUGUCACUUACAAGAGCUAAGUUUGGCUUGUGGGUGGUUGGAAAUGAGUUUUGCUUGGAAAAUGAUGAAAGCUGGGCUCAAUUUAUGAAGUAUUGCAAAGAAAAUGAUAAGUUUAUUUCCUGCAGCAGUUUUCAUGACAUUUAUAAAAUUUUUGGGAAAAAUAUAGAAGGAAAAUGGAAUGGAGUAAAGCUGCAGGAAUCUGAGAGUGAAAGACAAGAUGAAGAUGUUCAGAGGCAAGAUGAUGAGAUAAGGCUUUAUAACUCAUGGGAGGAAUGCUAA